GUCAAUCCCGAGACGUGCUCCCGCCCACCGAGCGGAUCAAGUUUGAAUGAACAACAGCAGGCUGUUCUAGAGGUGGUAUAGUUGCAUUUGCAGUAAUUAUUAAAAGUGUGUAUCGUAUCGCGGGGUGCGCUGAUCAAGGAUGGACAUGAAGAAAAGAAUUCAUCUAGAGUUGCGAAACCGCACUCCAUCAGAUGUAAAAGAACUCGUUUUAGACAACUGUCGCUCAAAUGAAGGAAAGAUCGAGGGUCUAACAGAUGAAUUUGAGGAGCUGGAAUUUCUAAGCACAAUCAAUGUUGGACUGACGACAGUUGCCCACUUGCCGAAGCUAAAUAAACUCAAAAAGCUUGAACUCAGCGAUAACAGGAUCUCAGGAGGGUUGGACGUUCUGGCAGCGAAAUGCCCCAACCUCACACAUCUCAACCUCAGUGGCAACAAGAUUAAAGACCUCAGCACAAUAGAACCAUUGAAAGAAUUGGGGACCCUGAAAAGCCUAGAUCUGUUUAACUGUGAAGUAACAAACCUGAACGAAUACAGAGACAACGUAUUCAAGCUACUACCCCAGCUCACGUACCUGGACGGGUACGACAAAGACGACAAAGAGGCACCAGAUUCCGACGCUGAGGUUUACGCAGAGGGUUUGGAUGACGACGAGGAAGAUGAAGACGAUGAGGAGGAGUAUGACGAAGAUGCAGCACCAGGAGACGAGGAGGAGGAGGAGGGAGAGGAGGAGGAAGAGGAGAAUGAAGAGGAGGAAGAGGAGGACCUAAGUGGAGAGGAGGAAGAGGAGGAAGAUCUGAAUGACAAGGAGGUUGACGAUGAGGAUGAUGAAGGUGAGCAAAAUGGUGAAACUAUGAAUUGUAAUAAGAUAUUAAAUACGUAUGCUGCUUUAUCUAAAAUACGCAGUGUGACAUUUCUUGAAUUUGAACAUAACUUUGUAUGCAUAAUCUUUCCAUAAAGAGAAAUGUUCAACAUCAGAACUCAUUAUCGCUUUUUCCAUUUUCUUUUCUGUGACACCCAGGUGGCAAUGUUUGAAUUUGUGGUGGUAGUGUAGAGACAUACUUGAUAUAAAUGGAGGUUAAAACCGCAACUUAUGUGCAUUGAAAAUGUAUUGUUUCAAAGUGUAAACUCUGGAAAACAGUCAGGUAUUUGGACUUUGUUUUCACUGUUAUACGUACUGGUCAAAUUGGCCUACCUCAGUGAUUUUUCACCAUAUGUUAAAUCCACUGUCAUCAGCCAAAUUGUUUUUUCCCUCCCAUUCACUUCAAUAAAUCCCUUUUUAUAUAUGUUU